AUGGAAGAUUGUCGAGGUCAAGGUCGAGGUCGAGGUCAAGGUCGAGGUCAAGAUCGAUGUCAAGGUCGAGGUCAAGGUCGGGGUCAAGGUCGAGGUCAAGGUCAAGGUCAAGGUCGAGGUCAAGGUCGAGGUCAAGGUCGAGGUCAAGGUCGAGGUCAAGGUCGAGGUCAAGGUCGAGGUCAAGGUCGAGGUCGAGGUCAAGGUCGAUGUCAAGGUCAAGGUCAAGGUCAAGGUCAACGUCAAGGUCAAGGUCAGGGUCAAGGUCGAGGUCAAGGUCAAGUUUGA